AUGUCGCAAGCAGGGCCAUCAAGACCACGACAAUCGAACCACGCUCAAAACGGUUUCACCCCUACCCAGAAAAGGAAGAGGAUAACAGAUGUAGCUGAAAUCUUCGAGAAGCCAAGUAUAGAAGAGCAAGUCAGGCUAGGGAAAGAAUACAGGGCUUUGCAGAAUGAAGCUGAUGAUAUGAGAGCCAACAUGGCGAAUUCGACUGCAGAUGAUAUUAUAAUCGCAAUGUCGAAACAGGAAGGGCUAUUCGUAAAUGUUAAAGACACUGGUAUAGGGACAUUAGAUGCGAAUCUGAUGAAAACGAAUACCGAAAAUGCUAUGGCUAUAGCCAAGAAAUUCAAGAUUGAUGGUGUAGCCUUUGAUAUUGAUGAGUUCCUAUUGAAGAUCAAAGGCCAAUUAGGGUUGGAUCGAGCAGAACUUGCGGAUCAAGAUUUAUCGUCGGACGACGAGUUGGAAGAAUCGCACGAGAUAAGAAGUGCACGUAAAGGUGUUUUAGGAGAUUGGAGCAAAAUAGGAUGGAUGGCUGCGAAGUAUUAUAGGAGGAUACCCGGUGUAGAAUUCAUGUAUGGACCAUUAUCAGUCAUCCAUACUAAACGAAAUGUCGGACCAAGGCAAAAGAGACAACCUUUAGCACCUGAAGUGAGACCUGAAGACGUUCAAACGCAAGAAGGCGAAAAGAAGUCGAAGGACGAUUUCACUUCUAACGUCAGAAUGGUCAAAAGGGUAUUGACAAAAUUAGAUCCUUCAGGAGAAGGAAUAAAUUUCUUUGAAUUAGUAAUUAAUCCUGAAGAUUUCGGACAAUCUGUGGAAAACUGCUUUUUCGUUUCCUUUUUACUAAAUCAAGGAUUAGCAGGUAUAGAUGUGAAUGAUGAUGGAGAAGUCAUAAUCAGAGACACAGAUGCCCAUGAUUCCGAACUCGACGAAGUAAUAGUGAAGAAUCAAGCUGUAGUCGAACUUGAUCUUAAGACUUGGGAGGAUGCGAAAAGGAUUUUCAAGAUCACCAAAUCGAGUAUACCUAACCGGGACUAUAGCGCUAUAAGAACUCAGAUGGCAGGUAAUGCUUGGUAUAGCUAA